GGCGGCAGAAAAAAAAGUAAGGGCAAAAAAGAGUCAUUGGAGGAUAUGUCUGUUGUUGAUUGACGAGAAAAGACGGUCAAUUGCGGCUAUUUCUUCUCCGGUCCUUGAAUUAUUGCCAGUUCCCUCCUUGAUUCAUUGAACCUUGACCAACUCCAAUCCGUUCCACUCUUCUUACCCACCCGCCAUGGCCUCUUUCGUUAUCAGAACGCCCUGUUCAUCCGCCAACAUUGGUCCUGGCUUCGAUGUGAUCGGCCUGGCCCUAUCCCUCUACCUUGAGCUUCAUGUUACCGUUGACUCGUCCAAGUCAUCGUCGCAGCAGCCCCUCAACUGUCUGAUCACGUACGAUGACCAGAGCAAAAGCACCGAGAAGAUCAGCUUGGACCCCGAGGUGAAUUUGAUCACCCGUGUAGCGCUGUAUGUGCUCAGAUGCCACGACCAACGGGCCUUCCCUUGUGAGACCCGUGUUCAUAUCGCCAACCCCAUUCCUCUAGGUCGGGGUCUGGGGUCUUCCGGUACUGCGGUUGUAGCCGGUGUGAUGCUGGGAAAUGAAGUUGGUCGUCUGGGAUUGAGCAAGGACAGACUACUGGACUACUGUUUAAUGAUUGAGCGUCACCCGGACAAUGUCGCCGCAUCAUUAUUCGGCGGCUUCGUUGGAACUUACCUGAACGAACUCAAGCCCGAAGACGUUGCUCGGACAGAAAUCCCUCUUAGUGAGGUUCUACCCGCGCCUGCCGGUGGAAUUGAUACCGGCAAACAGCCCCCAGAGCCCCCGCUGGGCAUUGGUCAUUACAGGAAGUUCCAAUGGGCCAAGGAGAUCAAGACGAUUGCCAUCAUUCCGGACUUUGUGGUGCCCACUGCUAAUGCACGGAAUGUGCUUCCCACGUCAUACUCUAGAGCUGAUGUGGUCUUCAAUCUGCAACGUGCUGCUCUGCUUCCCGCAGCAUUGGGCAGCUCCCCACCGGACCCCGAUAUGAUCUAUCUCGCCAUGCAGGACAAAGUCCACCAACCAUACCGCAAGACCCUCAUCCCUGGGCUGACGGAGGUCCUCCAGUCGAUGAACCCAAGCACGCAACCUGGUCUCUUGGGUAUUUGCUUAUCGGGUGCAGGACCAACUAUCCUCGCGUUGGCCACUGAGCGAUUCGAAGAGAUUGCGGGCCGCAUUAUCUCUCAGUUCGAAGCCAACGACAUUUCUUGCCAGUGGAAGCUGCUGCAACCUGCCCAAGAAGGUGCCACGGUGGGUUAUUCUUAAUGCAACUCGGGAGUUAAUAUAAAGGGAAUAUACAGCGAGUUUGUUACAUUGGAUGAUCCCCUUUUUUCCAUUAGAAGACACGCGGCACAUGAUACUGUUUGGGUUCCCACUGUUUCCGUUUAUAGACGAUGCUGAGAGGAGAAGAAAAAGUCGGUGAGACCUCUUUCUUGCUGAAAGGUCACAUUGACGGACUCUAUAUCCGGCUUGAUGUUUGUCUUGCAUCUGCAUCCUUCUUUUUUCCUUAUGAUUCGUGAUUCGGUCCGAGGAGUGUUUGAUGAUUCGACAUGAGAGCGAUUGGUUAUUCAAAGAUUGUUCAUAGACUUGGUUAUGGAGUGAAAUGAACAUUAUUCUACGAAGGUUCACCGUUUGAUAUCUUGCAUAACUAUGGAUUGCAUUUGUUACUGGUAGGAGUAAUUCUUGUGGAGCAGUAAUCAAGCG